AUGUUCAGCCAAAUCGCCAGACAAACUAUUGCUCGUCAAUCCAAGAUCGCUACUAGAAAGUUCACCACUGCUGCUACCUACUCUCCAAUAGCUACCAGAGUCCCAUCUUAUCCACUCUUAGCUGCCACUUUAGGUUUAAUGACUGUUUACGCUUUCUACUCUAUUGAAUCUACUGACGACAACACUGUUACUAAUGUUAAAGGUAAGUUUGCCAACCUUAACAACUGGGUUGAAGAAAAGAAGGAAGAACAACCAGUUGUUGCUGCUGCUGAACCUGUUGUUGUUGCUGAAGCUGCUGUUGAAGUUGAAGAACCAGUUGUCGUUGCUGCUGUUGUUGAAGAACCAGUUGUUGAAGCUGCUGCUCCUGUUGUUGAAGCUGUUAUUGCUGAAGAUGAACCAGUUGCAAAAUCUGAUUAA